AUGCACGCGACAUCUCCGCUGGGGUCCUUGGAGGCACAGCCCAUUAUACACCUCCAAAGCUUCCCUGGCCGUGAGCAGCACAUCAAGACCUUGUCGACCCUUGUUGAUCCUUCCCUCGCGCCAUGUGGAAACAUCGUCGUUCAUGGCACUGAGGCGACCGGAAAGAGUGCGGUGACAGCCGGUGUGCUGGACAUGUUCUCAUCUGCCGUUGCCCCGGGUGCAGCGACAGAUGCCGGCCUGGCCAAUGGUGGACUUGCAAGCAUUCUUGAUUAUGCUAUUGUUGACUCUAACAAGUGUGUCACGGCGCGGCAUCUCUUCGAGCGGACGGUGGCCAAGGUCUCGGAUUCUGUCCGGUACCUCGGACCCAAGGCCCGGCGCUGCGAGACUCUCUCGCAGCUGACCGUCGAGCUUUCCAAUAUGCUCCAGUACAGCGAGCACCCCGAAAACUGGCGCUUUGUGUUAGUGUUUGACGCCAUUGACCGCCAGCGGGAUGCGCCCGCAACGCUCCUGCCGGGACUGGCCCGUCUGUCCGAAGUGAUUCCCAACCUUACUGUUGUUUUUAUUGUCACAUUUCCAUCGCCUUCUAUGCUGCGGACGAGCUUUGUCCCGCACAUUCAGUUUGGCAACUACUCCAAGGCCGAGUUUGUCGAAAUCCUCAGCCGCUCCCCACCGCCAGCACUGGAAAGUGCCACACAGGAGGAGACGAACGAACUGUGGACGCGACUCUGCACGGCGGUGCACGACUCUCUGACUCGCACAGCUGGCCGGAACCUGCCUGCUUUCCAGGAGGCCUGCACGGCACUGUGGCCCAAGUUUACGGCACCCAUCCUGGCCGGCACACACGGACCGCGAGAGUUUUCAAAGCUCCUGAUUGCGGCGCGCUCUCACUUCCAGGACGAGUCUUUGUUGGACCCGCAGUUCGUUGUGGCCGCAGCGCCCCAAGCACAGUCACAGUCGCAACCGCAACCGCAACUUGCAACAAAGGACGCAGCAGAUUCUCCGGCCGAAAAUCUCUAUGCUGCCCGCAACCUAGCCACUCUUCUUCCGGCUACGGCCCGUUUGUUUCUCUUGUGUGCUUACCUGGCCUCUCACAACGCGACUCGCCACGACAUGACGCUCUUCUCCACAUACUACCACGGUAAAAAGAAACGACGUGGCGGCAUGGGCGGGGGUGGAGGUCGCACUGGCCCGAAGAGCAAGCACCGCAAGAUUGCAAGAAAAUUGCUGGGCGCCCACAGCUUCACGUUGGAGCGCUUGAUGGCCAUCUUUGUGGCCGUGCGCAGCGAGUGGACGCGUGCGCCACCUGUUUCGGCAGCAGGCCGGAACUCGGCCGCGGCUAUCAUGGAUAGCGACCGGAACACGGCGAUUGCGACUCUGGCGAGCUUGAGGUUAAUCGUGCGUGUGAGUGGUGCGGCCAGUGACCCCAUUGACCGGGCCGGCAAGUGGCGUGUGAACGUUGGAUGGGAAGUUGUACGUAGUUUGGGCCGUAGUAUGGGUAUUGAGAUGGAAGACUGGCUGAUCGACUAA